AUGCGCGCCCCGGUCCUCGCUCCCGCGGGCUUUAACCACCACCAACACCAACACACUGGCCACCACCACCACCAGCACGGCCGCAGCCAGCACCAGCACCCGCACCCGCACCAGAACAUCAACCUCAACAUCUCUGCCAUGGCCGAGCCCUACAUGGCCUCCGACGAGGACAUGGCCCACCUGCAGAAGCUGUCGAGCGAGUACGAGCCCGAGGCCACGGGCCCACUAGUGGGCGAGCGCCAGAGCAGUGCUGCCAUCACGACUGAAUAUCAAAACGCCGACCCCAUCUACAGGAUCAAGACGGCUGCUCUGCCUGGAAAGUAUGCCUUCUUCCGCACCUGUCGCGGCGACGGCCACUGUGGAUGGCGGGCAAUUGCCUUCACGUACUUUGAAGCGCUGCUGCGCGUGGGCGACGUGAACAAAUUUGGCGAUGAAGAAGCCCGACUCAACUCGCUGGGCAACCUGCUCGACCAUAUUGGCUACUCGCGCGACCUCUGGAUCGACUUCGCAGAUGGCGCCUUUGACCUGAUGCGUAAGCUCGCCGACUCGCUGCAAGCAAUGGACGGCCAAGCGCCCGACAUCCUGCUGCAGACCUUCAACGACUUCAACGAGUCCAUGUCCAUCAUCACCUACGUCAAACUCCUUGCCAGUGCCUGGGUGCAGACGCACGCAGACGAAUUCAGGCACUUUGUCCCCAUGGGCGAUGUCAAGGCCUACUGUGCAAACAACAUCGAGCCUACCAAAUGCGAAGCCGACAACAUCGGCAUCGCUGCCCUUGCUGAGGCUUUGAUCAAACCCGCGGGCUUCGGCCUCGAGGUUUGGUACCUCGACCGCUCACCUGGCGAGGAGAUCAACCGCAGCUUCUAUGCUGACCCAACAGACCAUCAAGGAAUGUCCAUUCCAAACGCACACAUGCUGAGACUGCUCUACAGACCUGGUCAUUACGACAUCCUUUACAAGGCUGAAGAUGUCCCACGAACCCCACCACAGCAGCCUGUUCAAACUCAGGCACCGCUCCAGGUCGCCCUAGCUAAUUCUUUCAACGACUUCAUCCCCAUGGCUUCCGACUCUGCCGACGUCAUGACAAUGAUUCCCGGCAUGUACCCCACUGGUUUUGGCCAGAAGUGGGCUUCGCUUUCAGGCGGCCCGUUCAGACCGUCCAUGUACGAACUAGAACCAGGCUUCGGGCAUGGCAUGCAGGUCCAACCUUUUCAGACAUCGAUAUUCCGCAAGUAA